GUGCAGCAAUCCACCUAGAUUUUCAAACCCAAUCCUAGUUUUGCAAUAUCUUACUCGUCGGAGGCGCAAAACCAUGAAACUUGUUCACAUCCAAAAGGUUUGACUGUGGACUUUCAAUACAUUACACGUUAGCUAACAUGUCUUUUUCAUUAUUUCCUCCAACUUUUCAAUUCAAUCCCCUUCCUGUUUCAUUUACCCUGUCAAACCUGAAUUCUUCCAUCAUAGGGAGGCUCUUCAGGUUUUUGCUUUUGCUACAAUGAUGAAACACCUAAAGCCUCACUUGUUUAUUCUUUUGCUCAUAAUCCUGUUUUCUCAGUCGGGUUUAUCUGUUGAUUUUGUCUUCAAUGGCUUCAAUUCAUCUAAUCUUUUGCUCUAUGGUAUUGCCGAUAUAGAUUCCAGAAUUCUUACACUCACGAAUGAGACAGCUUUGGUAGUUGGUCGAGCUCUUUACAGAUCAAAAAUUCCAACCAAGACACCAAAUUCUUCUCAUGUCCUUCCUUUUUCUACUUCUUUUAUCUUCUCCAUGGCCCCUUCCAGGAACAAGGUUACUCUUCCAGGACACGGCCUGGUUUUCAUCUUUACACCGAGUACUGGCAUCAAUGGAACAAGUUCGUCUCAACAUCUAGGCCUUUUCAACCUCACCAACAACGGCAAUUCCAGCAAUCAUGUCUUUGGCGUCGAAUUCGAUGUUUUUGCGAACCAAGAAUUCGAUGACAUAGAUGACAACCAUGUAGGAAUUGACAUUAACUCCCUCAAGUCGACAAGCUCCCACACAGCAGGCUAUUGGCCUGACAACAUAAAGAGCAGUGGCAACAGCAACAAUAGUGCUGAUGAUGAGAAGGCUCUUGAGAAAAUGAAGCUGAAUAAUGGUAAGAACUAUCAAGUUUGGAUUGACUAUGUAGAUUCUGUUAUUAUUGUUACUAUGGCUCCGGUAGGAAUAAAAAGGCCUAAACGUCCGUUGUUGAAUGUUUCUUUGAAUUUAUCUGAUGUUUUUGAGGAUGAAAUGUAUGUUGGAUUCACUUCGUCAACGGGAAGAUUGGUUCAAAGUCAUAGGGUUUUGUCUUGGAGUUUUAGUAACACAAAUUUUUCAUUAAGUGAAAGUUUGAUUACCACCGGCUUACCGUCGUUUGCUAUUCCGAAGACUCCAUUUUAUAAGCAUAGAUCGUUUAUUGCAGGAGUAACAGUGGGAAGUUUCUUUAUUCUUGUUUUUAUUGCUCUGUUUUCUCUGUUUUUGAUCAAGAGGGACAGAAGGAGAGCAAGAGAGAGAGCGGAAAUGGAAGACUGGGAGUUUGAGUAUUGGCCACAUAGGAUGACUUAUCAAGAAAUUGAUGCAGCUACCGAGGAAUUUUUGGAGGAAAAAGUGAUUGGAGUUGGAGGAAAUGGAAAGGUAUAUAAGGGUGUUUUACCUGGAGGGACAGAGAUUGCUGUAAAGCGCAUUUCGCAUGAAAAUGAUGGAAUGAGAACAUUCUUGGCAGAGAUUUCAAGUCUUGGUCGGCUAAAGCACAAGAGUUUGGUGGGUCUGAAAGGUUGGUGCAAGAAAGAAAAGGGGAUAUUCAUGUUGAUCUAUGAUUAUAUGGAAAAUGGAAGUUUGGACAAGAGGGUUUAUUAUGACUGUGAUGAAAGCAAGAUGUUGAGUUGUGAGGAUAGAAUUAGAAUCUUGAAGGAUGUAGCCUCAGCAUUGUUAUAUUUACAUGAGGGAUGGGAAGCUAAGGUCCUACACAGGGAUAUAAAGGCCAGCAAUGUAUUGCUUGAUAAGGAUAUGAAUGGAAGGUUAGGGGAUUUCGGAUUAGCCCGGAUGCAUGGGCACGGCCAAGUGGCUAGCACAACGCGUGUGGUUGGAACUGUGGGUUACUUGGCCCCCGAGGAGGUUAGGAGUGGACGAGCAUCAACAGGAACUGAUGUAUUCGGUUUUGGGGUCUUAAUUUUGGAGGUCAUGUGUGGGAGGAGGCCUAUCGAGGAAGGGAAGCCACCUUUGGUGGAAUGGGUGUGGCAGUUGAUGAUGCAAGGGGAAUUACUUGCUGCUGUAGAUGCACGGUUAAAGGCCAAUGGAGGAUUUGACGGGGUAGAGGUGGAGAAGGUGCUGCAUUUAGGCUUGUUGUGCUCAUAUCCUAAUCCUGAUUCCAGGCCAACCAUGAGGCAAGUAGUCAAAGUCUUGGAGGGGAAGAACGAGCCUUUUGAAUCAGAAACUGAGGAUAUGGAAGCAUGUUUGCUGCAAAAGCUGAAGUCUAGGGAUAUGUGGGUUAAUUACUCUCAGAAUUUUGGUUAUGCAUCUCACCCUACAUUCCAUGAUAUUCGAAAUUCCUCUUCCAUGUCUCUCUCUUGGACCAACACCAUAGUGGAAGGUAGAUAAUCCUGCAUCAUUUCUAAAAUGAGAUCCACUUAUGUUUCCAUUUAUUUUGAUGCACCUUGGAUAGCAGAUUUGGACAAUAAUGAAGCAUGCUUUGGAAGGACUACAAGAUGAAAGAACUUCAACCAUUAGACGGGGAGGGGCUUUUCUUUGUUGUUUUUGCGCCAUUAUACUAUUAUUUUUUGCAUUCUUUAAUGUCAGUUGAGGUUGGGUGUAAUAGAAGAGAUUUUUGUUUUUUCUUUUCUGUUAAAAUUAUAAAAGCUAGGCAUGUCUGUGUACAUAUGUAUGUUAGAUUUUAACUUUAAACCCACAUCGUGAUGAUUAAAGGAUGAAUUUAAGAUUAAGAUUUCUGCCAUGAAAUUGCUUCUUGUAUGUUGUUUAUCUUUGUAAAAUCUACCAUGCCAGGAUACUAAACCGGUUGGCUCAGGAAGAUCCUCAUUAGCUCCUUAUGGACUAAGGAAUUUUGGAGAGGCAGUGCUUUUGCAGUUAAAACUCAUAAUCAUUGAAGUCAAAUUGUCCUUAUCCAACUGCCACCACCACCUUGGUAUCAUUUGCAAAGAAAUUAUGCUCUAAAAUGAUUCUGCUCUUUUAUAAACCAGCUGUGAACGAAAUGCUUGCCCCUGAUUCCAGAACUUCCCUUCCCAGGAACACUAAUAACUUUAAAAGUCUCCAGUGACUGUAUCUGAUAAAGAUUUAAAGAAUCUCACUCAUAGAAACAAGCACUAGUGGUC